AUGAAUGUUGUUUCAAGGGGCUGCCCUCACCAUCGUCUAAGUAGGAUUGCCGCUGCCGCCGCGUACGUAGGCCAUGGACGAAGUGGGAAUUGAUCGAAAGCUCGUCAUCGUGGGGUGCACAGACACAGGCAAGACAUCUUUAACAAUCCGGUACUGCCAGAACAACUUCAACACGCCAACCGCCGCCACAAUCGGCGCGUCCUUUCUUCAAAAACGGAUUAUGCUCGACAAGCACAAGAUGACGCUUCAGAUAUGGGACACGGCGGGCCAAGAGCGCUUCCGCUCGAUGGCACCAAUGUACUACCGGAACGCUAAAGCUGCCAUCCUCGUCUUCGAUGUCACGAAGGAAGAUACGUUUGCAAAGGUGAAGGAGUGUCUGAACGAAUUGCGAAAGCAUGUGGACGACGAUAUCGUGUUGGCAGUCGUGGGCAACAAGUGCGACCUGGCCACGUCGUUCGACUUUGGACUGACCGAGGCAUUUGCUCGAGAAAUCGGCGCCACGGCGCAUCGAACGAGCGCACGGAGUGGCCAAGGGGUGACGGACAUGUUCGAGACGGUGUCCCGCGCACUGCUAAAGAAGCACUUGGAGAGUGAACGCCUCGCGCCGUCAGCAAACCGACCCGUGUCAACCCCCGAUCCCCUACUUCGGUUGGAGCAAAAGACGACGCCACCGGCCAAGCCGAGCGGGGGGUGCUGCAAGUAAGCGAUAGAUGACGGCUGCCACACUUGAUAGAUUUUUCCGACAACGGUGGGGAUCUCAUCCGUGCGACCGAAGCAUAGAGCGUGAUGCCACCUCUAGCAGUCUAAGUCAUGUCACUUGGACUGGGAUUUUAUAUACUGUACACAUAUUCUA